CAACAGUAUUUUCACACGUGCACCCUGACGUCAUAAAUUUCAUGUACACAGAGAACGACCAAGAACAUUCUCUUUAGUAACACGGAGAUCAUCAGAGUAUGGAUCAGAGAAAUCUUCAUUCUAGUUGACCAACACUUUAAGGUAGAAAAUAUACAACAUAAUCAUGGCCAGCCGAGAGUCAUCAGCUCCACAGUCUGUUGCAGCCAAUAAGGAUGCUUCUAAUAUCACAGCCACGCCUCCAAAUAAAAUAGCAGCCAAUCAGCAUGAACGAGGCAAGCUUCAUGAAGGCGUACUGUAUAAGUACUUGCUGUCUGCUUCAUCGGCAGUGGUUGCAGAAACAGUGACAUAUCCCCUGGAUUUAACAAAGACCAGAUUACAGAUACAAGGUGAAAUUAAUGUAUCCGGAACAACUGUAUCCCAUUCUAACAGAGGCAUGUUGAAAAUAUUACACGGAAUAGUGACGGAGGAAGGUUUUUUCAAACUCUGGCAAGGAGUUCCUCCAGCCUUAUACAGACAUAUAGUGUACACUGGUUGUAGAAUGAACAUAUACGAGGUGCUUAGAGAUAAGGUUUUCAAAAAGAAUCCAGACGGAUCCUUCUCAUUGUGGAAAGGAGUGAUAGUGGGGUCAACUGCUGGGGCAUUGGGUCAGUUGAUUGCAAGUCCAACUGAUCUUAUCAAGGUCAAUAUGCAAAUGGAAGGUCGCAGAAGACUAGAAGGUCAUCCACCAAGGGUACACAAUGUCAGACAUGCAUUUCGUACCAUAGUUACAGAAUCUGGUGUACGGGGAUUAUGGAGAGGCUGGGUACCAAAUGUACAGAGGGCAGCACUGGUGAACAUGGGAGAUUUGGUGACAUAUGAUACAGUGAAACAUUACUUGUUGAAUAAAACAACUUUACCUGAUAAUUGGGUCGUGCAUGGAUUGUCAAGUGCCUGUGCUGGUGUGAUAGCUGCUAUAAUGUGUACACCAGCUGAUGUUGUGAAAACUAGAGUCAUGAAUCAACCUACCAAAAAUGGAAGAGGGGUGUUGUACCAUGGUUCUAUAGAUUGUUUGAUUAAAACAUUUCGUCAAGAAGGUUUCUUUGCUCUGUAUAAAGGUCUCUUCCCAACAUACUGCAGAAUGGCCCCGUGGUCACUCACGUUCUGGAUUGUUUAUGAAGAAUUGAGAAAAUUUACAGGGCAAUCAUCAUUCUAGAUGAGUUCUUUAGAAAUUGUGAUAUUAUGUCAUUUCAUCAUGUGAAAGUCUGAUAUGACCUUGAUGUGAACUUUGACCUUUGUAUCAUGUGUAAGUUUUGACCUCUGUGUGUGAAUUAUGACAUUAUGUACAGUACACAUGAGUGAGUGUCCUUCAAAGAUGUAACUUUAUCAUUUAUGAACUUUGACUUUUUAAUAGGUUUCUUUCAAACCCCUUUGCUACAUUUUCACCUUGACCUACAUUGACCUUAUGUAUAUAAAUUUAGUGACUGCAAACAUGCGUGAUAUGCAAAUUGUUUUGCAAAUAUUUCUGUUGUACAUAAAUAUGUUUCUUAGAAUGAGGAUUUUAAAGUGGUUUGUACUAAAGAUGAAUUAGUUUUUAUUUUGGUGUGUAGAAAUAAUGAAAUUUAUUGAUAAAUUACUGAUGUUUCAUUAAGAUAGGGUUUAUAUUAAGCCUGUUGCACUUGCAAUAAGUUUGGUAUUCAUAAUAUGUUGUGUUGAGAGAAUUUUGAUUGUAAUAAUUUCUUUUUGUUAUUCACUCAUUAGGAACUAAUGAAGGUACUUUAUAUUUGUAUAUAUUUGUAAAUGAUGAUAUUUUACUUACAAUGACUUAAAUAAUCUCUUUUAUAAUCAUGUAUUACAUUUGAAUGCAUUUACAUUUACAUACAAAGUAAUGUUUAUGUGUUCUUUAUAUAUGAAAUGCCAUUUAAUAGCUGUAAUAAAAAAAUCUGACAUAACUAAGUUUAUUAAAGUGACAUUAUGCUCAUCCGAGAGAAUAUAUAGUGAGUGAACAGGUGAAAGUCAGAAUAAAUCCAUAUUUUGCCAUAAUUCCUUUCAAUUUCAUAAUUUACUUCAAUAACUUGUGUUGCUCAAUGAAAUUUUUGUAAAGAUUCAUUGGAACCUGUAACAUACAAUUUAUUAUACAAAGAGUUGGGCAGUCUUUUUAUAUGUCAGGCAGAUAUAUAAUUAAUAUGAAUAUUUUCCAAUAUGAACUGUUACAACAGUCAAUCUUUUGAAGUUUAUAGUAAAUUCAGCUCUACUUGACAACGGAAAAUAGUAUAAUGUCACUUUAGAUUAUUGAAGCUUUGCAUCUUAAAUAAUUCAUUUGGAAUCAUAUUCUACAUGAAAUUUAAUAUUUCCAUUAUCAUGUUGUAAUUAUACGUCGUAGAAUCAUUAUACCAAAUAGCCUAACCCUAAACUUACUGAAUUUGUGUAAUAGAUUUGCUGUGUUUUGAAAUUGCAACAGUCCAUUCAAAGUUAAAGGGAUUUCAAUAUCAAAAUACAAGAAUUUAGCUUCCAGCAGUAUAGAGCUGUGUCAGACUGCACGGAGUCUCCGAGCAGGCCGUCCCUGCCUCUAUACUGGUGGAAUAGGUUAGUUGAUCACUUUUGGUUCCAGCAAGUUAAGGGUUAAAUUUCUAUCCAGUCAGCCUUGAAUAUACAUUUAAAGGGUUAUUUUUUAAUUAUAAUUUUAAGCCCUGUCAUGUGACUUUAUGAGUAUUUGCUUCAGUGUUUUGAGCCAAUUCUUUCUGUACCAAAGCAACUUUUAUAUAACAUGUUUUAUAUAACAUUAAUAUAACAUAAUAUUUUUUCUUCAGGAUUGUAAAAAAAUUGGGUCCAAACAAAUUUAGAAAACAUAUGAGUAUUGUUCCAAUAAUUUUGAUUAAUUAGUCAAUAAGGAUGUGUUUUUUUGUUCAUUUUGUGUAGUUCAAGAAAUGCUAAUGCUCACAUGUUAUGUUGAUUGAAAAAGUGUGUUCUGUUUGCAAAUGGUUUUCAUAUUAGAUGUACAUGUAUAUUCUAUACUCAUAUUGUACAAACAAUCCCUGCUUGCAUGACAAUCCCGUAUUGGACUAUUCAGGAUCCAAAAUGCUCCAGAAACCAAUACUGCAUUACUACAAUAUAUUCUGCAUUAUAUUGCUGGGUGUUCGACCAAUUCUUUGCAAAAAAAAUGCUGCCACGAUUUUUAAAUCCCAUUAAUUUAGCAUAUCUGGUUUAAAGUGGGAUAUUGGUUUUUGAGAAACCCUGAGUGAAGUGUUUAUAAUUGUAUUUAUUUGUUUUUGAUAUUGUUUUUGAAGCUUUGAUUUUUAAAUUUGUAACCAGGAAGAUUGCAUUUGUGUAAAAGACUGGUUUGCUCUAUAGAUAUUCAUUAUUAAUGAUAUUAUUAAGUUUGAAUGAAAGAUGUACAAGUUCUUCUUUUUAAGAAUAAGAGAUUUCAAGCAAAAGUAUUUUAUUGCUAAGGUUACAUCUGGUCAUGUGUUCUUUCUCUCUCUACUAGUCCCUCUCUUUAUAUGCCAUUAUGAUUAUGUGAGAAUUUUUUGAGGGUGUAUAAAUAGACUAAUUACAUUAUUCAUUAUAUCACGUAGGGAGUGAGGAGUUAAAUCAAACUAACACUAUAAAGGUCACAUAGCAACUUUACUGGUCGAGGAAGAUCUCAAGUGCUUCUUUGUGCAUUAUUGCAAGUGACAGAUGGCAUGUGGGUAGAACCACCAACCUUCCAGUGCCUAGCUUGAAUAUUGUUAUAUUUAUUUGGCCACUUUUUUUAAUAUCUGAUACCAAUAAUACCCCAGCAACAUUCUACUUUCUCAUCGGGAAAAUCCCGGGUACCAUUGUUUAACUGCUUUCCAAAAAUGAUUUAUAAAAAAAACAAAACAAUAACAUGCUACUUUUUCAUUGGGAGUCAUUUAAAUGAAAUUAUGAUGUGUUCUUUUGGGGCUAGUCUGGAUAUUCCAAUUUUUCUUGGUAUAUUGUGUAUAAGUAAUUGAAAUCAUAUGUUUGUUUAUAUACCAUCUUUGUAUUCUGUCAUCUGUAUUUUGUCUUCACAUUUAUGACAUCUAUACUGAAAUAUAUAAACCAAAUGUAUACAAAUUGUCACCUUAUUGCAAUAAUGGGUUAACUCCUUUUAUAUUUUAAUAGAAGUGAACCUGUUUCUGCACUAAGGUUACAAAAUACAUUUUUGAACUGAAUGUAUAUUAUAUAAAUUACUUUAUUUAAGGAGUAGUAUUUUUCUGAUAUUUUGUAUGCAUGAUAUAGACCAAAUUUUGCAUUCAUGUAUUUGUGUAACUGGUAUAUUUUAAGUAAUUAAACUUUUGAGUUUGUAUACUGAUAAUUUUAAUACUGCAUGCUUGUAACAUCGCUUAGCCUAGUGGCUCGGGUUAUUUCUCUAUGUAAGAAUUAUAUGUAUUACAUGUUACUUUCUGUCAGAAUUAUACACAUUACCUAUUGCCCUCUGUCAGAAUUAUAUGUAUUAUCUAUUACCCUGUCAGAAAUAUAUGUAUUACCUAUUGCUCUCGUUUUACCCUCUGUCAGAAUUAUAUGUAUUAUCUAUUAACCUGUCAGAAAUAUAUGUAUUACCUAUUGCUCUCGUUUUACCCUCUGUCAGAAUUAUAUGUAUUAUUGUCCUGUCAGAAUUAUAUGUAUUAUUGCCCUGUCAGAAUUAUAUGUAUUACCUAUUGCCCUCUGUCAGAAUUAUAUGUAUUACCCUCUGUCAGAAUUAUAUGUAUUAUUGUCCUGUCAGAAUUAUAUGUAUUACCCUCUGUCAGAAUUAUAUGUAUUACCUAUUUCUCUCUGUCAGAAUUAUAUGUAUAACCCUCUGUCAGAAUUAUAUGUAUUUUAGUCCUGUAAGAAUUAUAUGUAUUACCUAUUUCUCUAUGUAAGAAUUAUAUGUAUUACCUAUUUCUCUAUGUAAGAAUUAUAUGUAUCACCUAUUGCCCUCUGUCAGAAUAAUAUGUAUAACCAUAUGUUAAAAUUAUAUGUAUUAUCCUCUGUAAGCCCUCUGAGUAAAUUACUAUCAAAUCAGAUGCUCAUAUAUUCUAUGUUUUAAUGUUUGGUAUCAUAUGAAAUACAUGUAUAUGUUUGCAUACUUUGAUCACAUCAUGAUAUAUGUAUUUGUUGGGUUAAUAUAUUGCUGUUUUAAAUAGAUCUCACAGAUUAAUGAAAUUAAUAAAUAGAAUCAUGUUUGAAAUAUUA